AUGGCGUUGUGCAAUGAAGAAGAUGAAGUUUGGAAGUGUGAGAAACAUCCGACGAAUCGUCGCCGUGCCGGAAUCUGCCCAAGUUGUCUCCGGGAACGUCUAAUCUCUCUCUGCCCCAAUUGCGGUGAAAUGGUUCCUUGUUCAUGCGGCGUUUUAAAGGCAUCAAAGUCAUCGUCUUUCUCUCUCUUCUCCUCCUCCGGGAGAGGUGGGUCCUCAAGAUACUCUUCUGCUGCCGCCGCCGCCGCCGGUGAAAUUCCGGUGGAGGGAGAACCUAAAUUUCAGAAAUCGAGAUCAUUAACUGUUCCGUUUCUAAGGUCGAAAUUUUCCGGUAAUGAUUCCUCCGGCAGUAAGUGGUGGAAUUUAAGGAAGCAAAAGAGCAAGAAAACAGAGGUGAUGAUGAUGAGAUCACAGUCUAUUAAUGUUGAAAAUGGAAAAUCAAAUUCGGGUAAAGGCCGGAAAUGGAGUUUUCUCAGUCCGAUGAAUAUUUUCCGACGAUCGAAGACGACGGCUAAACCAGAUGGUUCACUAAGAAAUUAA